AUGUCUUCCGAAAUCACAUACACACCAGCUGUUGCAGAGUUACUAGAGUUUGAUAAAAAACACGUCUGGCAUCCUUACACGUCGUUAAAGGCCCCAUUGAAUGUUUUCCCAGUGAAGAGCGCUCACGGCUGUAAGCUUGUGUUGGAUACCGACUCCCCGGUGGACGUUGAGGUGAUUGACGCUAUGUCGUCCUGGUGGUGCGUGAUUCAUGGCUACAACAAUCCAGAAUUAAAUGAGGCCCUCACAAACCAAAUGAUGGAUUUUUCUCAUGUCUUGCUUGGCGGGUUCACUCACAAGGCAGCCGUGAACCUUGUUAAAAAACUAUUGAAAGUGAUCGACGAGCCCUCCAUGCAAUACUGCUUCCUAGCAGAUUCCGGCUCUGUCGCAGUGGAAGUGGCUUUGAAGAUGGCUCUACAGUCCAACAUGGCGGAUAAAUCCAGAAGCAACAGAACAAAGUUUUUGACGAUUAAAAACGGGUAUCACGGAGACACUUUUGGUGCCAUGAGUGUGUGUGAUCCGGACAACUCCAUGCAUCACAUCUACAAAGAUCGUCUCAGCAAAAACAUAUUUACUCAAGCUCCUACUAUUCUCGAAGGUUUGCCUACGAGUCAGAACAAAUUCGAGGAUACAUGGAAUGAAAGUGAAGCCGAUGACCUCAAAAAACAGUUUGAACUGCAUAGUGAUGAGAUCUGUGCUGUCAUAUUGGAACCCAUCUUGCAAGGUGCCGGCGGGUUGAGGCUGUAUCACCCACAGUUCUUGAUCGAAGUCCAAAAGCUAUGUAACCAAUACGAUAUCCUGUUUAUCAUUGAUGAGAUUGCCACUGGAUUUGGCAGAACUGGUGAGAUAUUUGCAUUCAAACACUGCCAAAAAUAUCAGGACCAGCUGGGAAUCAGCCCUGCUAAACAAGUUAAAGUAGUUCCUGACAUCGUGUGCGUUGGGAAGGGGUUAACUAGCGGGUACAUGACAAUGAGCGCGGUAGUGACCAACGAAAAGGUCGCUUCUAGAAUUGCCUCCCCAGACAGUCCAACAGGUGGUAUUUUCAUGCAUGGUCCAACUUUCAUGGGUAAUGCUUUAGCAUGCAGUGUUGCGGAAAAGUCGAUGGAUAUCCUGCUACGUGGUGAAUGGAAACAACAAGUGUCGAGAAUUGAAAAUCAAAUCUACAAAGAGUUGUACGAAUACAUCAAGAAUCCAGACAAUGGGCUAAUGGGAACCCUUGUCAAACGUGUGUCGGUUGUUGGAGCCGUCGGUAUUGUGGAGCUGUACAAAAAGACAGACCCGAAGUGGUUCCAAAAGGAGUUCAUAUCCAGGGGCGUUCAUAUCAGACCUUUCAACUGCUUAUGUUACAUUAUGCCACCUUAUGUGAUUACAACGGAAGAAUUGACGCAGGUUAACAAAGCCCUGAUUGAAGUCUUACAGGAGUGGAAAACCUAUUCGAACCAGUGA